AUUUAUUUCAUUAAAACUUUAAAAUGCACAAAAAAUUAACUAAAGACAUGUCCGAAGUUUAACUUAUUCAGUUACUGUAAUCAAACUAUGAUUUUUGUUCAUUGAAGCUUUUAUUAGAUAAUGACUAAUGAGGAUAAUAGACAACUUGGCAUAACUGGAACUUCUCAUCACUGACUAUACAGCCAGUGACGUAGACGGAGGUCUUGAUCACUGCUGACUAAAUGACAGGUGUGGACCGAGUACUACUUUUACUGUUGUUUGUCUAGUUUCAUAAGUGAUAUUAACUUUAAUCCUUUUCGUUAAUGUGUGAUUGAGAGUGAUUCUAGCACAGUUAUUAGCGAAGUCUGUUUAACAAAUUAAAAACUCCGCAACUCUCAUAUAUAAUUCCGUCUUUUAUGUGAAAAUUGUCUUCAUAAUCCAGAUUCAGCCUGUUGAAGGGUACUGGACAUUAGGCUACAACAAAGUAUUUCAUUUGAGCAUAAACCAUGGAUUAUUCAGGAACAUCGACGGGUGGGACCAAGACCAACCAAGACACAUCAAAGCGUAUUCAGCAAUCUCAGGCUCAGGUGGAUGAGGUUGUUGGAAUUAUGCGGGUUAACGUUGAGAAGGUUUUAGAACGAGAUCAGAAACUAUCCGAACUCGAUAAUAGAGCAGAUGCUUUACAACAAGGAGCCUCUCAGUUUGAGCAACAAGCUGGUAGACUAAAGAGAAAAAUGUGGUGGAAGAAUGUGAAGAUGAUGAUAAUAAUGGGUGUGAUUGCAGCGACUCUCUUGAUAAUAAUUAUUGUAUGGAUCUGGAAUGGUACUGAGCAGUCUGACUCUAAUUAACAUUCCGCCGCCACGUAUCCAGAAACAGCAUGUUUAAAUAUUUUUGUAUAAAGAUGUUGGAAAAUAAAUUUAUUGCUACUUAUUUAAUAAUAAUAUCUUAUAGAACAAUAUUUUGGUUAGAUUACAUUACUGAUUUAAUCUGCCAGAGGUAGUUUAGUAUUGUUCCAAGACCACUUUGAAUGUAUGUAGGUUAAAUAAAAUAAAUCAUAAUAUGUAUGUCUGAUACUAAAAAUUUAUUAAAUGUUAAUCUAUGAUGUAUUUUAAACAGAUUUAUUCUUAAAUGUUGUAAGUCUUAUUUAUUUUGUGUAAAAUGUUUAUAAACUUAACAAGCUAUUGACAAAUUAAAUUUGUUAUGAUCCUCUUUAUCUGUAAUGCAUUGUGUAUAAAAUGGUUUCUAUGCAAAACAAGAGUAUUUUACAUUUUGGCAAUAAUGUCACAGUCUUUUCUGUUAUUAAUGUUUCUUCAGAACAAGCACUCCAUGCUUCCUCAUUAGGUUCAUCCAACAGAUAAUUGUGAAUUUAAUUUCCAGCUUUUAGUAAAAGCACAUUGCAAUUCAGUAAGGUUGUGAGACAAGCUAGAAUGAUAAGCAAAUUUAUUACCUCACGCACGGUUCAUGAGUAUAUAACUGAAGGUAAUGUCAACAUUAUAUUGUAGGUAUUUAGAACCAAUGGAUCGGUAGAUUCAGUUCUAUUGCAACAAAUUAAGUGAAAGAGUAAUAUUAUUUUUAUAUAGAGCCUACUGAUAAAACCUGUGUUAAUUAUUAAUGUAACAAUGUUAAGCAUAAUAAUGGAUACAUUACAUCUAUGUGACCACACAAGUUGUGUUUUUACUGCAGGUUAGAAAUAUUAAUUCACAGUUUUAUUUCACACGGAGUUGCAGUUUUAAGCCAAUUAAUGUCACCAAUCUGUACAAUAAUUUAGUUAAUAUGUUAUUCCUUUAAUUGUAUUUUAUAUAGGAUUAGUUCUUAAAUAAUAUAAAAGUAUAUUGUUGUAGUUAAUGACAAUUGUAUCCAUUUUAUGACAUAAGAAAUCAACAAUCAAAUAUGUAUUUAAAGAGUUAUUACAUGUAAAUUAAUGUUAAAACACUUUGUUAUUACAUUUUGUAAAAUUUAUAUAAGUAAUUCAUAAUAUAUAAAUAUUGUAAUAAACAUAA